GUAAUCUUAGACAUUACUGUUAGACGGUACCCUCAGAGCUGUUGAAAACCAUCACCAGGUUUCAACAAAAAGUAAGAUUUCUACUUGUCACCAUGUCUUCGGGAGCUCUAUUCCCCAGUCUGGUGUCAGGCUCUCGCGGGUCCUCCAGCAAAUACCUAGUGGAGUUUCGGGCUGGGAAGAUGACCCUGAAAGGCAGCACGGUGACCCCGGACAAACGCAAGGGGCAGGUCUACAUCCAGCAGACGGAUGACUCUCUCAUCCAUUUCUGUUGGAAGGAUCGCACAACUGGAAAUGUGGAUGAUGACCUGAUCAUCUUCCCAGACGAUUGUGAGUUCAAGAGGGUCAACCAAUGCACUACUGGUCGUGUGUUUGUCCUGAAAUUCAAAGCUGGCUCCAAGAGACUGUUCUUUUGGAUGCAGGAGCCUAAGACUGAUAAGGAUGAGGAGUACUGCCGUAAAGUGAAUGAGUAUCUGAACAACCCACCCAUGCCUGGAGCGCUGGGCAGUGGGGGCAGUGGAGGGCAUGAGUUAUCUGCUCUGGGUGGUGAGGGUGGUCUGCAGAGCCUGCUUGGUAACAUGAGUCACAACCAACUAAUGCAGCUUAUCGGACCAACUGGAUUAGGUGGUCUUGGUGGCCUCGGGGCCUUGGCGGGACCAGGCCUGGCCAGUCUCCUGGGCAGUGGGGCUUCCUCAGCCAGCAACUCUUCUACAAGUCCAACUUCAGCAGUAAGUCCCACCUCCACAUCUGCUGCCACCAGACUUGGUUCAUCCCAGGUACCAACGACACCCAUCACCCCGUCUGCUACCUCAGCAGCCUCUCCCACCAGCAGUCCCUCCUCUCCUGCUGUCCCUCCUCUCUCAGCCGGCGCCUCCAGCCCCACUCAGGCCAUCCAGCUGAGCGACCUGCAGAGCAUCCUGGCAACCAUGAACGUUCCCUCCUCUGGGCAGGGAGUGGACCUGGCCAGUGUUGUGACUCCUGAGGUCAUGGCUCCUAUCCUUGCCAACACUGAGGUGCAGCAGAGGCUGCUGCCCUUCCUGCCCUCGGGAGAGGCUCUGCUGCAGAGUCCAGACGAGCUCCACAACACCAUCACCUCCCCGCAGUUUCAGCAGUCUAUGAGUAUGUUCAGCAGUGCUCUGGCAUCAGGGCAGUUGGGCCCCUUAAUGAACCAGUUUGGCCUGCCUGCUGAGGCCGUUGAUGCAGCCAACAAAGGAGAUGUGGAAGCUUUCGCCAAAGCCAUGGAAACCGAUACCAAGUCUGACCAGGAAGAUGAAUCCAAAGACAAGAAAGAUGAUGACGAAGACAUGAGUCUGGAUUAGCUACUUUCCUUCUAGAAUUGACUGUGCUGUUGACCUAUUUACUGGCUGUUAUUAAGAAAUACCAUUAUAAAAGGUAGUGAGACAUCUUACAUCUAAAGGUAUGAAAUACAUUGCCUGUUGUAUUUAUUAAUUUCUAAUGUGCACAAAGCUAAUGCAGCUUUUAAAAUAUAAAAACAGUCAAUAUAUGCAGGGUUCCUGCAGGUUUCAGUAAGUCAAAGUUAAGACCUUUUUAAGACAUUUUAAGACCAUAAAGAUAGAGAUUUAAGACCUACACGAUGCAUUACCAAAAAUACAUUAAAAUCAAAGAAAUUCUGAAAAAAUAUUUUUAUUUCAAUUAAUUCAGUCAUUGAAAAAGUAAUAAUUUAAUUUACAGAUAAAGAAAUCACAUUAGUAACCUAAUUUCAUUUCAUUCAGCACUAAGUACUAGGGGUGGGGAAAAAAAUCGAUUCACAUAUUAAUUGCGAUUCCGUCUUCUAGUGAUUCACAUUGAUUCACAAUUUCUUUUAUUUUUAUGUAAGCAUAUAUUGAAUGGCAAUUUGAUUAAAAAUCGAGCUACCAAAAGAUUCCCACCCCUAAUUGAUGGUAAGCUGUACAUGUCUGUUUAAUAUUUAUCCGUGUUGCAGAAAUAAAUAAGUCUAUUCAA